AUGAGCCAGUUUCAACUCUUUCCGUCGCCGUCAAGAACCAAGGCUUCGCAGAACCCCUUUCGCCUAGAGAAUCAAAGAGCUACGGGCACACAACCUAGGGGCUCAAUCCCUCUGGAUGAUCUUAAAGGCAAAGAUAUCAGGACAGAGGCACUUCUUUUCCAAAUCGUCGAUGAUGCGAAGAGCAUUAAGGCCACGAAGAAAGCGAAACCCCCUCGGUCCACACCUGUAUCCAUACCAGAGACCGUACAGGAACUGAGGACGCCUGAAUCGCUCUUCAGCCAGAGCCCAAAGGAUAACACUAUAAAUCGAUGGGGUUCGCCGGCGAAUAAUGUCUCCCAGGCAUCCCCGACGGGAAGCAGCAAUAACCAUGUGGCUUCUCAACUGGCUCAGGGAUCUUCUGAGGCUUACAGCUCACCUGUCAUUCCUAUGAGGUCCAUAUUCCCUCAGUAUAAUCCCAAUGUCCCACUCAGCCAACAACAGUAUUUCCCCCAACUCUCAGCCAAUACGCGAACACAUAGGCCCAAGGAGCUCUCCUUCACACCACCGCCAGAGAUUGACCGUGCCCUUGGGCCAAAGACCGUCCCCGCAAGCGUGAUGAACUUUCCAGCAGGUGUUCUCGACCAAGUUGAGAUACAAUACUCGUCCAUUACCGAGCUUAGGGGUCUUUGGGAAGCAGCCAAUGGCCAGCGGCCGCAAGACCUGGCUGGAAACUUCAAUUUGCGUGUGGCACGGACGGAAGCUGAAACAUACACGUUUGGCGACCCCCAAGCGCCAUUCUAUAAGAUGCAGACAUAUUCGACCAACGAAUUAUCCGUCACCAGGACCAACCCAUCCAAGCCAAAUAGCAGCAUUCCUAUCAUGAUGCUAAAACUUGAAGACCGCCGCCGCGAACCCCCAAAUGACGGGCUUGUGUCCAUCCUCUUCUCCCGUCUGGCUGCGAUGCUGGCCAUUGACGAAGCGGAAGUGUUAGCUAGACAGCGCCAUCUGGGUCCCUCAGAAGCUGCAGAAGCAGAAGGGAAAGCUCUAAAGCGAGCUGCAGCACAAGAAUCUUGCAGGUUAUCGUGGAAUAAUGCCAAGCAACUGUAUGAGCUGCAUCAUCCAUCGCUUACCAAGCUCCCACCUCCAGCACUUGUCGGUGCGGCGGGUAUCCCAUUAUCCCCAGUGAGGUCAAUGUAUUCCGGACUCCUGCACAUUUCUGUUUCUACGCCGUCGAAAGAAUCAAAUUCUAGACAACCUCCAACAAUUCUUGUGACUACUCCUAUGUCGGCCAAUGCGGUUGAAGGCGCCAACAUGGCAGCCACACCUCGGACGUCGACCCUCCCUUUGACCGAUUCUGACGAGCCCCUAGCAUCACUGGAUCUGGGCACGCUGACCCUCUCUAUUUCCGCGGCUGCCAUUGUCGCCACGGUUCCUUCGUUGUAUGCAAUAGACUCCCUUGUCACUGCAAUGCUGGCCGUUGCCGUCUCGGACGAGUCCACCAGCACCGUCCUAACAGACAUGGGGCUCUACGACCCAACCAAGGAAGCACCAUCCAAGCGAUCAUCUGCAGAUAGCAACAUAAGAAGCCUCGCCGAGCACGAAGACGCCAAGGAAGGCAUCCAACUUAUGUCCAGGAUCCGAUCCGCAAGAUCGCAAUGCGCCGACUCCACCCAGAGAAAAUGGCUCCAUUUCUGGGGCCCACCAAAGCCCGCAAAGCCCAAGACCAAGAAAAUCGUGGUCGAAGAAUUCGACCUAGAGAAAUAUGGACGCUACGGCUACGGCUCCUCGCGGGAGGGACAGAAGCUCCCGGGCUUGACGCGGGGAUGCUUACGAAUGCUCUUCUGGGGGCUGGAUAUUCUUGUGCGCGUACUUGCUAUGAUGGUAAAGAUAAUCGCCUGGUUGCUGGUCAAUCUCACUCGGUGUGCCACCAGCUCGAAAGCUUAA